CUGUCAGUCCAGCCAUGCAAGAGAAGGAGAGAGAAAAAAGGAGGGAGUGAAGCAGAGAUUCUUUCAGAUCUCAGCAGAUAUUAAGAUUGUGUUUUCUGUACUACUACUAUAAUCUUUCCUGCCAGAACCAGAAUGGAGAGAUUUCCAAUGAACAAAGAAAACAAAUAGCCCCUGGGACCACAAGUGUGUUCUGUAAACUGAUGCCACGAGGCAGAUAUGAGAAAGAUGACUGAACAGAGUGGUUGCUAUAGGCCCGUAAACAUACAGGGAAAUAAGAUCAGUUACAAAAGCUCUUUCAAAAAAAGCCCAGAGAUGGGGAUGAAAAGACAGCAGAAGCGGUUUCUCCACAAGGAUGGCAGCUGCAAUGUGUACUUCAAACACAUCUUUGGGGAAUGGGAGAGCUACGUGGUGGACAUAUUUACCACUCUGGUGGACAUCAAGUGGCGCCACAUGUUUGUCAUCUUCUCCCUGUCCUACGUUCUAUCAUGGCUGUUCUUUGGACUGGUCUUCUGGCUGAUAGCAAUGCAACACGGAGAUUUAUUGAAUGACGAAGAAACAACCCCCUGUGUUGCAAAUGUCCAUAGCUUCACGGGGGCGUUCCUGUUCUCCCUUGAAACCCAGACGACCAUUGGUUAUGGUUACCGCUGCGUUACAGAGGAGUGCUCUGUGGCAAUCCUGAUGGUUAUCCUGCAGUCGGUGCUAAGCUGCAUUAUUGACACUUUCAUCAUCGGAGCAGCCUUGGCUAAAAUGGCCACAGCUCGAAAAAGAGCUCAAACCAUUCGUUUCAGCUACUAUGCUGUAGUAGGCCUAAGGGACGAUAAAUUUUGCCUGAUGUGGCGCAUUGGCGAUUUCCGACCAAACCACAUGGUCGAGGGCUCUGUACGAGCUCAGCUUCUGCGCUACAAGGAAGACAAGGAAGGGAGGAUGACGAUGGAAUACAAGGACUUGAAGUUGUUGAAUGACCAGAUCAUACUUGUUACACCAGUGACGGUAGUGCAUGAAAUCAAUAGUGAGAGCCCUUUGUAUGGUCUGGACCGGAAAGCUUUGGCCAAGGACAAUUUUGAAAUCUUGGUCACAUUUGUCUACACGGGGGAUUCAACAGGAACUUCACAUCAGUCAAGAAGCUCUUAUGUGCCCAGAGAGAUUCUUUGGGGCUAUAGGUUUAAUGAUGUCUUACAUGUAAAGAAAAAGUACUACAAAGUGGAUUGCUUGCAGUUUGAAGAAACUACAGAGGUUUAUGCUCCUCACUGCAGUGCCAUGCAGCUGGAUCGGAAGGAGCAAGAAUGGAAUCGAACUGAGAAGACACUGGAAAAAGAAGCAGAGACAUCAGUGAUAGAAGUCAAAUCAUUUAGUGAAAAGAAAUCAUUUAGUGCAGUUGCCCUCAUCACUAGCUGUGAAGAUCCAGAAGACCCAGUGGCAACUGUCAGUCAGCCUUCUGGAGAAGCUUCUUAUCAGAAAGCGGCUGUGACCUUAAGCAGACUAUCACUGGAGUCACAAAUCUAGCUUUUCACUGCAAUUAAAAUCAGUUCCAACAACUUCUCCUAGCAUAGCUUUUAGAAUAUAAACAAUGAACUCAUGUGCACAAGUAUUUACAUUAUAAGCCUCAUACUGUCAGCAUGCCUACAUUACAAUACUGAGCUGCUAAAAGGAGCUUCAUAAUGGUUAGUGUGGGUAUCAGUAACAGAUUAGUGUUGGCACAAGAAAGCAGCUUAUAUUUGGGUUGACUACACAGCUACUGUACUUGAGCAAACUUAUUCUAAACUUUAUUACCCUGCAGGGACUAAUGUUGAAGACACCCAGAGAGAGAUAAUGAUCUAGGCAGAGAACAAGAACAAUGAAGCGUGCCCUCUAGGUCAGAUUUUUUCAAAACUGCCUAAUUUUCGUGGGAGCUCAGUUCCCAGUCCCGCUGGGAGGCUCUGAAAGUCCCCCACCAUCACAGAAAACGAUUGCUCUUCUGUGCCAAUUGCCCCUCUCCUGGUAGAGGGCAACCUCUUCCUGGGGUUGCACUGGGGAAUGCGUAGGGCUGUUCUAUGCAAGAGGGAAUGAACUGGCAAUAACCGAACCCAGUGUUACUGGGUAGCUUUGAGAACCUGCUAAUACCCUCAGUUCUGCGGGAUACCCGGUGAGUUCCUGCAGAGCUUUUCUCAUUUCCUUGUCACGAGCCGCUCCCAGAAAUGCCACUGCCUUGCAGUUCUACAUAUGUGCUGUGCCAGCUGCCUCGGUGCUGCAUGCAGGCUUGGCUCUGACGGCAAGGAGGGCUGCUCACACGGGCUCCUUUGCACUCCUCAGAAAUCAGAAUGGAAUCUCGAGUCUGAGAUCAAAAUCAGCACAAUUGUGAUAAGCCUCAGAGGACAGAUCAGCCUGGUUUUCGAGUGAGCUCUGCAAUUUUUAAAAUCAAAACGUCUUUUCAUUUCAGAAUGCCAGUCUUGCUUUUCCUUUCAGUGCGUGACACUUCUUUAUAAAGCAAAUGGUCAAUCUAGAGACCAAACAGCAUGAUUUUGUCGAAAUACGUUUAUUCAUCCAAAAUAACUGUAAAAAGGAUCCUUCACAGAGAAAUUCAACACACUCAGCUGUCAGCUCCAUUUGCAAAAAUAAAAAGAAAGAAAAUGCCAGUGUUUUGAGGCAGCCAGUGACAUGGAAGUUCCAUGCCCCGCACACCUCUGUUAUCCAGUAUGCAAUAUCUCAUCAUGCUUUUUUUCCCCCUGAUGAUCACAUCUGAUUUACGUUAUCUUUAAUUAUCCUGCUGAUGUAAAAGUGAUUGUCUCUGAAGUUAUGGUUGCCUAAAAUGGAAUUUGUCUCACCUGACCUCAGCCACCAGGAGGUGAAGUACCACCUACUGGCCAAGGCUCUCUGUAGUUGCUGUAACUCUGUUCUGUCUUCACAGAGGAGUCCAUCCCAUCCCCAUUCGAGUGGUUGGGGAGCUGAAGGCAGUAGGAUGCUCCUGUCUUGGAAGUGCUCAUCCAUCCCUGUUUGUUGUCGAAGGAGAUGAGAUGACUGUUUUGGAAAUGCUGGCUAACUUUAUGCUGCUAAAAUUAGGUCUGAUGAGUCAUUCCCAUCAUGCUGACUAAUUCAAAGUUUUUAUGAGCUAAUCACAUUCAAUGAAAAGAAAACCAGCAGACUGAUUGUUUUUCUUUCUUUUUGCUUUCUUUCUUUUUUCUUUUUUUUUUUCCUGGAACUUACUGCAUUAUUUUAAUGCAUCUUGCAUUUCUUUCUGCUCACACCUACACAAGUUCUGGAUCCUAUGUGAUCCCUUUUAGGUAAAACCAAGCGUAUUAACAAGCCUGAGUGGAGGUGGUUAUUCCUAAGCUCAUGAACUGGCCCAUUUUAUAUGCAGAAGCAUCAUCAACGUCAGCCUAUAACUGCAGCAGAAAAUAUCUCUAUGUAUCCUAGAUUUAAGCACUGGCAAACAUCAGUGAAACAAUCUCAAAAAUGGGAAGGAGUUUGGUAGGAAGUGUGCAAGGCUCCCAGUACUUAAAUGGUGUUACAACAAACUCCAGGUUGCAUGAAAUAGAAUAUAGCCUUUGAGAUACGUGAAGUCACCCUUGCACGUUCCUCUGUGUUGGAGAGAUCCCGGCUGGGUUACUUUAUUCAGUGUCAAGCACUGUGCUUUGGGGAAAGCGUGGGAGAACUGAAGAGAAUCCAGAGAUGCGGAAAACAUCAGCGAGGAAGAAGGGAAAUAACUGAAGGUCUUUCAGUCCCGAGGUGACAAAAAGGAGAUUGGGAUACAGAAUUUUCAAACACAAACAUGGUAAUUCCAAAGAGAGAGGCACUCUGUGUCUGGUGGACAGGGCAGGAAGAUGUGGGGUUACCCUGAAGGCAGGCAUUAGGGAGCAGUGCCUCAAGGAAGGCAGAGCAGGCUGGGGGUGUCUGAUCUUGGUGCAGGGAUGCCAGGCGUUUCAGACAAGUGGCUGAUGGGAGUGGUACAGAAUGGCCAACCUGGCCUUGAAACUUCAGGCUCUGUUUUUGUAUGAUCCUACGAUGCUGAGAUAAAUGGGAACCUUUAAUACGAAGCCUGCUUAACUCGGUGGCUUUACAAGUACUCACACAAGUGCGAGUAUUUGCUUAAAUAUACAGCUAAAGCUACUCAGGGAUUUGAGAUACGUAAUCAGAAUUCCCCAAAUAUCUUCAGACGGGACACAGUUCAGGUGCCAGAGCAAAGGCAGUUUCCCUUACCAAGCUGUGAAUUGCAGCUUUCCCCUCCCAGCAAUGUACUGUGUGAGCCUCUUGCGGUGAAGAAAAUUCUUUCCUCGGAAUGACUUUCCUGUAAGUGAAAGUACUAGGAGUCUGAUUUAGCAUUCGGUCACAUGCUUCUUGGUAUAGAUAGAUAUAAAUACGUGAGUAUGUAGAGUAAUGUAUGCUUUGGCAUAGAAGUCAACCACGAACUGAUGAGGGUCAGGAAGAAACUUUUCUCCUGGGCAUGUUAAUUCGUAACAGGCUACUAUACAGUUUCUUCUACUUUUAUCUGUAGCAUCUGAUACCAGCCAGUGCUGGAGACAGGAUACUCUUUGAACCACUGCUCUCAACCCGUCUGGCUUUUUUUUUGGGGGGGGGGGUUUCUCUGUUUGAUAUUUUAAUUUCAUUUAUCGGAGUAUAAAAACGAUGUAUUUAUAAUGUAUAGUAAAGCACGCGUUGCCUUUUUAUGAAUAAAGACACAGAAAUAAAGAACAUGCCUCUACCACACA